UUGUAAUACUUAUAAAUUAAAUUUGUAGUUUUUUUUUUUUUAUUUUUGACUUCACAGUGAAUUCCGAGCUUCUUUAUCAGCCUUUCCUGAGAAUGAAAUAGAUGCGUUGGUGGACUCUGAUUUUGUAAAUUGGUACAAGUAUCAGAUCAAUAGUCGUGGGAUUGUCGACCCUUUGUUAGUAUCAUUAGCGUGGGGCCCAGGUGCCAGUGCCAAAGUGUGGCGGCAAUAUGUGAUAAACGGUUACACAUAUCACACAGCCGAUUACGGAGAGGGCCGACCAACAACGAACAGCGGGUUAUGUGUCCCGACCAUCGGUUAUGAUAACUCGGAAACCAGUUUUUUUGGUGUCCUGCAGGAGAUUCUGGAACUUGAGAUGCCUUCUUGUGCGAAAAAAUUGACAUGCGUUCUGUUCCGUUGCACAUGGGUCGACCCCACACGUGGCGUGCGCAAAAAUCCGAAGUAUAAUAUGAUUGACGUCAACCUCUCUCGUGUGUACCCAAAAAAUGAGCCUUUCAUACUCGCCCAACAAGCAGCGCAGAUUUAUUAUGCAGAAUAUCCUUCAACAAGGCGGACACAGAAUCCUUGGGUGUGUGCAUGUCCUGUCCGUCCGAACAAAAUAAAAUCACAAACUCAACACAAGGACGUUGAUCUAGAUGCUUUUCAGCAACAAUUUUUCCAACCUCCGCCUAUUGUUGAGACGGUCAACUAUAACCUCCAAUUAAGUGAUCCAAAUGGCGGACGUGUUGAAGUCAUGCCAGAAACGCACCUUCCGGACCCAACCAUUCCAUCUGAGCGCGAAAUUGAGGAAAUGUAUGUAGCACAACAAAAUGCUCAAUAUCAGGAAGAAGGUGAAUGGAUAGACGGUUCAGAUACAGAAGAAGAUACUGUAUAUGUAGAAAAUGAC